CCUACUUUCUAACAGGUGAGAAAUCUUUGUGAUUGUUAUGAUCUAUGUGCAGCAAAAGGCAAGAGGUGACAAGUUAAGUGGAUUUGGCUUCUGGAGUGACUCAUUUGGUUUCUUUGUAAGAAAUUAAACUUCAGAGACUCUCACUGGUAUUCAGAGCUGCAAUGGAGCAGCCAGGAUAUCAAAUGGAUUCUGUGAAGUUCUCCUGCUCCAUCUGUUUGGAUCUACUGAAGGAUCCGGUGACUAUUCCCUGUGGGCACAGUUACUGUAUGAAUUGUAUUAAAUGCCACUGGGAUGGACAAGAUCAGAGGAGAAUCCACAGCUGCCCUCAGUGCAGGAAGGAGUUCAUACCAAAGCCUGCUCUGGAGAAAAACUUCAUGUUAGCUGAUUUGGUGGAGGAUCUGAAGAAGACCGGACUCCAAGCUGCUCAAGCUGAUCACCGCUAUAUUAGACCUGAAGAUGUGGCCUGUGAUGUCUGCACUGGUAGGAAAAUGAAAGCUGUCAAGUCCUGUUUAUCUUGUUCAGCUUCUUAUUGUAAGAAUCACCUCCAACCUCACUAUGAUGAUCCACCAUUACAGAAGCACAAACUAGUGAAUCCCUCCAAGAAUCUCCAGCAGACCAUUUGCUCUCAUCAUGAAGAGGUGAUGGAAAUUUUCUGUCGCACUGAUCAGAAGUGUAUCUGUUAUCUCUGCACUAUGGACGAACAUAAAGGACAUGAAACAGUCACAGUUGCAGCAGAAAGAGAUAAGAAGCAGAAGAAGCUCCAGGAGAGUCGACAACAAAUCAAGCAAAGACUCCUGGAAAGAGAGAAAGAUGUGAAGCUGCUUCAACAGGAGGUGGAGGCCAUCAAUGUCUCUGCUGAUAAAGCAGUGGAAGACAGUGAGAAGAUCUUCACUGAGCUGAUCCGUCUCCUCCAGGAAAGAAGCUCUGAUGUGAAGCAGCAGAUCAGAUCCCAGCAGGAAACUGAAGUGAGUCGAGUCAAAGAUGUUCAGGAGAAGCUGCAGCAGGAGAUCACUGAGCUGAAGAGGAAAGACGCUGAGCUGGAGCAGUUCUCACACACAGAGGAUCACACCCAGUUUCUCCUCAACUACCCCUCACUGCCAGCACUCAGUGAGUCUACAGGAUCAUCCAGCAUCAUUGUUCGUCCUCUGAGACACUUUGAGGAUGUUACAGUAGCUGUGUCAGAGAUUACAUAUUUACUGGAGGACAUUCUGAAAGACACAUGGACAAACAUCUCACUGAUGAUCACUGAAGUGGAUGUUUUACUCUCAGAACCAGAACCAAAGAGCAGAGCUGCAUUCUUAAAAUACGCACAAGAAAUCACCCUGGAUCCAAAUACAGCAAACAGAUUUCUGUUGUUAUCUGAGGCUAACAGAAAAGUCACAGCAAUGAAAGAAGAACAGUCGUAUCCUGAUCAUCCAGACAGAUUCACAGAUUCUUUUCAGGUUCUGAGCAAAGAGAGUCUGACUGGACGUUGUUACUGGGAGGUGAAGUGGAGAGAAGGAGGAGUUAAUGUAGCCGUUUCAUACAAGAACAUCAGUAGAGGAGCUUCAAAUGUUUUAUUUGGAGCCAAUAACAAAUCUUGGUCAUUUAGUUGUGACACAGACAGUUACAUUUUUACAAACAAAGUUGAAACUCCAGUAUCAGGUCCAGUUUCCUCCAGAAUAGGAGUGUAUCUGGAUCACAGAGCAGGUAUUCUGUCUUUCUACAGCGUCUCUGAAUCCAUGACUCUCCUGCACAGAGUCCAGACCAGAUUCACUCAGCCGCUACAUGCUGAGCUGAGGAAAGCUGGAGCAGCUCUCACACACAGAGGAUCACACCCAGUUUCUCCUCAACUACCCCUCACUGCCAGCACUCAGUGAGUCUACAGGAUCAUCCAGCAUCAAGAUCCGUCCUCUGAGACACUUUGAGGACGUGACAGCAG